GUGACAAUAGACGAGACACAACAGGCAGCGCUUGACCCAAAGGAUCGCGAAGGAUUAAUCAUUAGUGCCACAUGGAUUUGUAAAAGCGGCUCGUGUUUGUGUUUGUGUGCGUGUGUGAAAAUAUUGUACUUUCCUGACUCUUAAUCGCAUUUCACAUCAGACAUCAGAAAUGAAUUAUAGUUUGGUACUACUGUGUGUGAAGAUGGCGAUGCUGGUUACGCUAACGCAAUCAGCACGGCUGGACAACAAAUAUCUGCCACCGCCGGCUAGUGCGGCGAGCGCCGGUGGAGGCCCUGGACUGCAGGGUCCAGGUGGCAGCGGUGGAGGCGGCGGCGGUGGCGGUGGUGGUGGGUUUGGAGGUGGCAAUAAUGGUUUGGGAGGAUUUUCUGGUGGUGGCGGCCCUAGCAGACCUAUUGGGCCACCUGGCGGAGGCUUCGCACCAAGUGGAGGUGCACCUUCGAGACCACCAUCCGCACCGGCACAACCUGCUGGUCCAGUAAUUCCAAUAUUGUCGUUUGUGAAUGAAAAUGACGGUGAUGGCAACUACCGCUUUAGCUAUGAAACGGGCAAUGGUAUUAAGGCGCAGGAAGAAGGCACAGUCAAGAACAAAGGCUCUGAAAACGAAAUACCAUCGGUGAUGGGAUCGUAUUCCUAUACUAACCCUGAAGGAGAGUUGGUUGAGAUCUCAUAUACGGCAGAUGAAAAUGGCUUCCAACCUUCGGGUGACGCGCUGCCUACACCUCCCCCCAUACCGGAGGCUAUUGCAAAGGCUUUGGCGGCUCAGGGAAUUUCGCCGCUUCCGGGUGGUGGAUAUAGCGGUGGUCCAGGUACUGCACCCGGUGGAGGAUUUGGUGGAGGUGGGCCUGGAUAUGGUGCAGGACAAGGAACUGGUUCCGGUAGUGGCGCAGGAUAUGGUGGCGGUGGUGCAUCAGGAUUUGGAGGCGGUGGCGGAAGAGGUGGGGGUGCAGGACAAGGUGGAGGUUACGGUGGAAGUGGAGCUUCAGGAGUUGGAGGUGGAGCAGCAGGGUUCGGUGGAGGCGCGGGACGAGGUGGAGGUGCGGGACAAGGAGGUGCUUCAGCUGGAGGCUUUGGAGGUGGUGGAGCUCCAGGAUUUGGUGGCGGGGCGGGACAAGGAGGUGGAUCUGGUGGUGGUGGAGGAUACGGUGGUGGUGGUGCACCAGGAUUUGGUGGCGGCGCGGGUCGAGGUGGAGGUGCAGGACAAGGUGGAGGUGCAGGACAAGGUGGAGGUGCCGGACAAGGUGGAGGUUACGGAGGUGGAGGAGCUCCAGGUUUUGGUGGUGGGGCUGGACAAGGCGGAGGCGCUGGUUCCCCUGGAUUUGGCGGCGGAGCGGGUCGAGGCGGUGGAGCGGGUCAAGGAGGUGCUUCAGGUGGAGGAUAUGGUGGCGGUGGAGCUCCAGGAUUUGGAGGUGGUGGUGCAGGACGUGGAGGUGGCGGGGGACAAGGUAGUGGUGCACCUGGAGGGUAUGGAAGCGGUGGAAGUUCAGGUUUUGGCGCUGGGUCGGGCCGAGGAGGAGGCGCAGGAGGAGGAGGCGGAGGCGGAGGCGCAGGAGGUGGUGGAGGCGCUGGAGCUGGAGGAGGCCACGGAGGCAGUGGUGCACCAGGGUUUGGAGGAGGUGCUCCAGGAUUUGGUGGUGGAGCUGGCAGGGGUGGAGGCGGAGGAGCAGCAGGAGGUCGCGGUGGCGGCGGUGCACAAGGUUUUGGAGGUGGUCCUGGAGGUGGUGGACGUGGAGGCGCGCCUGCCGGUGGCGCAGGAGGUCCCGGAUCGCAGUACAUUCCUCCCCCAGCGGGCGGCAGACGUGGAAACGGUGAAUUUGACCCACAAACCGGAUACAGCUAUUAGGCAUUAUUAGUGAAGCUUUUUGAUACCGAAAAAUACUCGUAGAUCUGUAAUGCAUAACGGCAUUACUUCAUAUAUUUAUUUUAUGUAUAGCUUGUAAUAAUGUUCUGAGUCGUUGAAAUUAAUUGCAGCUAUGUAUUUUCGAACGAAUUAGUUUAAAGGAAAUUUCAACAAAAAUUGUAUAAUUCGCAACGGCUAGUGAUUGUUUAGUACGGAGUCUAAAUUUGUAAACAAAACCUGAUGAUAUGUAUAUGUGGCCAAAUUUUUAGAAAUACAUUUGCAAAUGUGCUUAUAAAUGCAUUAA